GUCAUUGAGGAGCAAGAUGGCGUCAGCAUCAGAGCACCAGGGGGCUCCAGACAGCGAAUUGGACGAAUUAUUAGACAGUGCUCUUGAUGAUUUUGACAAGACCAGUGUGCCACCUGUGGCCCCUGAAGCCCCCUCUGACCCUGAUGCCGGUGCUAAGAGUAACGAGAAGCCUCCGCUACUGGAGGACAGUAAGUUCUUUGAAUCUCUUUUUGAGGGUGAGAUGGCCAACCAAGCACGUGAGGAGUGGGAAAAAGCCAUGGCUGAGCUAGCACAAGAAGAACCUGAUCUUCUACAGCAUUUUCAUAAGCUGUCUGAGGCAGCAGGAAAAGUCGGCACAGAUGUAGCUUCACAACAAGAGUUCACCUCCUGUCUUAAAGAGACCCUUAAUGGCUUGGCCAAAAAUGCAGACAACUUGCAGAGUGCAGGACUGGCUGGAGAUGAUCUGGUAAAGACCCUGGAGAACAUGGGAUUGAAUGAAAAUGGGGAGGCAGGAGGAGAAGAUGGCAAUAUUCUGCCAAUUAUGCAGUCCAUCAUGCAGAACCUUUUGUCCAAAGAAGUUCUGUACCCAUCACUUAAAGAGAUAACAGACAAGUACCCUGAAUGGUUGGAGAGCAACCGGCAGUCCCUUCCUUCUGACCAAUUCACGAGGUAUGAGCAACAGUACAAGAUAAUGGGAGAGAUAUGCAACCAGUUUGAGAAAGAUGAAGACAAAGACAGCGCAUUUGAAAACAUUCUGGAACUCAUGCAAAAGCUGCAAGACUUGGGUCAACCUCCAAAAGAGCUUGCUGGAGAGGCUCCUCCUGGCUUGAAUUUUGACCCAGAAGCUCUGCACCUUCCUGGAGCACAAGGGCUUCCCGGAGCAGAUCAGUGCUCGGUCAUGUGAUCUCAGUGAGGUCAAAAUUAAUGUACGUUUGAAAAGAUACAAUUCGGAGCUAAUUAUCUGAACCUGAUUUGGACACGGUUGAUCAUGCUCCCCUUUUAAAGGAGUUUGUGUCCGAAACUGAAACUGUGAACGCUCGCUACUCUAAUUUUACCCUGUAGUUGUUGUCCACAGAGGUUCUUUUCAUAUCCAUCGCUAAUCCAUUCAUAAACUCACAGUAGAGCAGCUCUUAUUGUUUUGAGUGAAGCUUGAUAUUUCAGAGUGAUGGCAGAUGGUAAAGUGCUAGAAUUGAGAUCUGGUUUUGUAAAGGUUUUACACCUUUUCACACCACAUUUGACUGGUUGUACGGUGGAAUUUAUUUAGGGAAAAAGUACAGACAAAUGUAUAGAGCUCAAAGUGACAGGAAAUGUAUUUCCGUUGAUUAGUUUCAUUUGACAUCUUGAUCUCAGAGGAAUGGUGAACGUUCACAGAUGCUCAUCUGUUUUCACACUUUUAAUAUCUGUAAUUAGUCAGUGACCAAAUGGAUUUAUAGGAAAAGACACUUAAGAUUCAGGAUUAUAAUCACGAUAUAAUUUUAUUGACCCGUAGACUGCAUUUGUGAUUAGAAUAAUUCUCUCUCCUUUUGUCUCCUAACGUUUGCUGUAUUUGUCUGAAUAUCAGCAUUAUUAAGUGUUGAAUUGCCAUGUAGAUCAAUAAUUCCCAUUAUUCCUGUAAUGGUGCCUCUGUGUGAUGUGUUAUUGUCACAAUAGUCCUAAUUUGCCUUGGUUAAAUGAAUAUUUCAUGGUUUCAAAA